AUGCCGUUGUUCGACUCGAUUGGGCAUUUUUUACGACGACCUUAUUCAUUUUUAUUUUUGAAAAAAAUAAGAUUUACUAUUUUAGGUUUGGGGGGAUACAGAAUUUUAGGAGUAGGAAAUCCAUUAUUGGAUUUAACCGUUAAUGGUGAUGCUGAACUUCUUAAAAAAUAUAAGUUAGAAGCGAAUAAUGCUGUUCUUGCCAAUAUGUUUCAAAAGUCAAUGUAUAAACACUUAAUGAAAAAUUAUAAUGUCCAAUUAUCUGCUGGAGGUUCUGUUCAAAACAGUCUUAGAGUUUGUCAAUGGAUUUUAAAGACACCUCAUACUUGUGUAUUUAUGGGCUCAGUAGGUACAGAUAAAUACAGCGAAAUGUUGAAAGAAACAGCAGAAAACGAUGGUGUAAAAGUUAUAUAUCAAUAUCAGAAAAAAAUUCCAACCGGCACAUGUGCAGCAAUAAUUACAACUCAUGAAGGCAAUAAAAGGUCAUUGUGUGCUAAUCUGGCUGCUGCGGAAAAGUUUACAAUUCAGCACAUAUUAAAACCGGAAAACUUUAAAAUUGUAGAAAAAGUUGAAAUGUACUACAUAAGUGGUUUUUUUAUAACAGUGAGUCCGGAAACUAUUUAUAAAAUAGGAGAAGUGGCUUCGACUCAAAAUAAAGUUUUUUGUAUGAAUUUAAGUGCACCUUUUAUCUGUACUAAAUAUAAGGAAACAUUGAUAAAAUCAUUAUUUUAUGCCGACAUAGUGUUUGGUAAUGUAACAGAAGCCCAAGCAAUAGCCAAAGGAAAAUUUAACACAAAUUCUAUGAAGGAGAUAGCCAUAGAAAUAUCUAAUUUACCAAAGAGUAACCAAAAAAGAAAAAGAAUUGUCGUCAUAACAAAUGGACCCUUGCCCGUAUUGUAUGUAAAAGAUAAUGAGGUGAAAGAAGUUGCAGUUCCACCUGUACCUGAUGAAAUUAUUACAGAUACCAAUGGAGCUGGAGAUGCAUUUACUGGUGGAUUUAUAAGUCAGUUUUUAAUAGGAAAGGACAUUGAAAAAUGUAUUCAAUGUGGAAAUUGGGCCGCAAGUAUAGUUAUACAAAAUAAUGGAUGUACUUAUAAUAAAGAUCUUACAUAUUCAGGAUAA